AACAGUCUUCAUCCCAGCCAGAGCAAACCCCCCUGCAAUGAAAACUUGCUGUGGCACCAGUCUGCGGGUAUUUGUGCUCUGUCCUGUGCUCUCCCACCCGCUGGGGGUGCGCCUCCCGCCCGCGGAGCUUUGUACUUUGCUUCUCAGGGUGUCUGACGCGCUAUUUGAAACCUAUUAUCAUUUAGCUAUAGCUUUCCAAAGACAGAAUCUCCAUGAGGAAGCUGUGCGAGAGCUUAAUAAAGCAAUAGAAGUUGCAUCUAUCCCUAAGCUUUCCUGUCAAGUUGGCUGUGUCUCCAGAACUUUCCUUCAUACACCACUGUUUGCGAGAAGAGCAUAUGCAUAUGUAAAAUGUGGUAAUUUGAAAGAAGCAAUAGAUGAUGCUAACAAGGCUGUUGAGUUAGACCCUGUGAACCCUGAUAUAUAUUGCAUUCGAGCUCUUGUUUGGAAUACAGUGAAAGAAAGGAAGAGAGCACUUUUUGAUUUAAACUGUAGCCAGAAGCUAAAACCUUUUAAUAUUUCCACUUUGAUCAUAAAGGGAGCUAUAAAACAAUCACUUAUGGCUAGAGAGGAUCCACAGUCUUUAGUGAAGAAUAAAGAUCAUGAAAAGGCUUAUAUACUGGACAAAGAGAGUAAACAUUUCUUUGAUGUAGAAGAUUUCCAUUGUCCUAAAAUGCCAGAGUUCUAUGAUAGAUUCCUGUGGUCUCUCAAUGUUCCUCACACAAUAAUGAAAGUCAACUUGUUGGCUGGAAGUUCAUUAAUGUCACAGUUGCCACUUGAUCCAUGUCACAGAGACAAGAAAACGGACUUACUUCCUGGGCAGAAAAAGGGGUCCUUUAUCUGCAGCACUCCAACCUGUUAUCUUGACAACUCUACAUUUGCAAGGAGGGCAUCAUAUGGAAAGAUAUUAAAGGAAUCUGGUUUAAAAUUGAAUGGCAGUGAGAUUUCAGAGAGGAUUCUAAGAAUUACACGGGCAGCCUCCGAAUGGUCAGCAAAAAAGAUAUCCAGUAACCCUGUGAAGAAAGGUUCAGAAAUAACAGAAACAUCAGCAUCAACAUCAUCUGGCACCUCUGCAUGUAAAAAGCCAGAGCAAAAAAAAUGUGAAGGCAGCAAAACCAAAUCCAAGAAGUAAGGUUUCUCUGGUUGACAUGGUGAGGGGAAUGACUAGAAUGAUGACAGGAAGAAGCACAGAUCAGGCAUGUUCAUUUCCUUUUACCUCAUAGAUAUGUGCAACCUGAUAUGAACUUUACUUCCCCUAUCAUUACAAAUUUGGAUUCUACUGUCCCAUCUUGGGAGAAUAGAUCCAGCAGGACUUACAGAAGGACUUUAGCUCUAGUUGGGAGGAGCAAGUUCCAAAAUAGAGAGCCACUCACCAGAAAGCUCCUGUCAUCACCCUCUGCCUAUAUAAAUGAAGGAGAUGUUGGCAUAGGCACCUCAGCUGAUAUCAGUGUCCAGAGUACCACACAAGAAGACAAUCUGUAAGACAGUCCCUAAGACCAAACCCUUCAGAGCAGAAGUUUACAAAAUAAACUAUGGACCACUGGUAGUGGAAGUUUUCUUCUAAUCCACAUCAGUCAGUAUAUACCCUGAAGCAUGAGGGUUUAUAUUUCUCACUUUUUUAUCCCUUUCUAAAGUAAAUGCAGAUGUUCUUAUGAUACAUAGAAAUAUAUACUCCUUUAAAACUUGCUAAGCUCUUGGUUUCAAUUUUAUAGUGUGGCAAUGAGUUCCACAGGUGAAAUAAGGACUGAGUAAAAGAAGUUCUUUUAAUAAGUUGUAAUUAUUACCUUUCAGUUUAGUUGAGACUGAGAUUAUCAUCCCUGCCUAAGAGAUUUAGAUGCCCAAUUCCUAUUAAAAUUAUUUGAAAAUCCCACCAGAAGUCCCCUAGUUCUUUUUUUUGAAAGAUUAUCCACGUGGAUUCCAUUUCUGAUGCACAUUAACUUCAUGAAAGCAAGACUGGAUUAUUUUGGCUGUCCAUGUAUAUUGGAACCAUUCACUUUGUUGAAUACUCACCAGGCUAUGUUUGGAUCCAAGUACUGGAUCUGCAAAAGUGACAAGGAGUCCUGUGGCACCUUAUAGACUGACUAAGAUGUAUUGGAGCAUAAGCUUUCGUGGGCAAAGACCCACUUUGUCAGAUGCAUGUCACUUGCUACUUACUACUGACAAGGCUCACUCCUUGGCCAUAAACUCUCUGUUUGGUAUUUUUAGAGAAUGAGACCUGCUGUUCUGAGCUCCCAAAACCAGUGGUAAUUGCUCAAGAUCCACCAAUAGCUUUAGCAUCUACCCCUCAGAGGUCUGAACUCAUCCUGCACAUCCUCUAAUGUAAUGUAUGCCAUCAAGUGCCAGCAAUGCCCCUCUGCCAUGUAUAUUGGCCAAACUAGAGACAAAGGGCAAAGGAUAAAUGGGCAUAAGUCAGAUAUCAGAAAUGGUAACAUACAUAAACCUAUAGGUCAGGGGUGGCCAACCAGUUAG